CUCGCGCGCCUUCUAACCGACAUAUUGAGUGAAAAAGUAGAGGAAGUACCGCAGCGCCUCGUGCCGGACUAACCACGUGGGUUCAGGCAAAAAAGACGUCACAUUUGCGUAGAUUUGGACUAAUAAUGGGCCAUAACCGGCCUCAGUAGCGCCACCCAGUGUCUAGCCUGGUCUAUUAAUAUCCCAUCCAUCCAUCCUCACGAGGGUCGCGGGUAUGCUGGAGCCUAUCUGGGCUGCUAUUAGUCCAAAUAUAUUCCUGUUUUAGCAAACGGUGCGUCUUUUUUACCUGAGUCCACUUGGCCCAUGAACCCUGGAGGUACGCGCUGGGGUACUUCCUCUACGUUUUGGGCACAUGUAUGACAGCCAGUCGUGUUGUAAUGUGCCCGUGCCGCCACCUUACGUCUUUUUACUACGUGUUAGCUUGCUGUAGUGUUUGGUUAGGCUUGAAUCAUAGCGCCUAAGGUAAUGCCUGUAUGGUUAAUUGGUGAUGGUUAAUAGCCACAGUUUGACCCUGGAACAGAUUAUUCGUGUUUCAAAGAUUUCCCACGGGGACACAAAUCCCAAAAAAUUGGCGUUCUGAAAUGAUUUAUUUUGUUUUCCUUGUCAUAGUCAGCCAUGUUUGGUAACUGUGAAUGCCUGUUGGUUAGUGGUUGGUUAGUGGUUAGUGGUUAGUGGUAAGUUGGUUGGUUGGUUGUGUAAAGAACUGAAACUGAAAAAAGAAUCCUAUGACUGACACUCCCAGCUGUCCCAUGGAGUUGACCUACUAACCUGAAUAUAUACUGUAUAUAUAUAUAUAUAUAUAUAUAUAAUGUAUAUAUGUCACCGGCCAUUCCUUCCUCGUGAAGGGACUUGACUGAAGAAUGAAACACUCUCCGUGCACGCGGGCUCAGGAGUCAGGAAGACACAACGAGGAGCAUCCAUAAUUCAUGUAGAUCUUCAUCCUCAUCCUCGCAGCAGCUGGACACUUCAUUAGUCCCAGCUGACAAUGGACCUGUGGUUCUGGAAGAGAGACGCUCUGAAAUAUGCAUGAGGAAACCCACACCAGUUUCCAGGUUGAUGAAGCAGGAAGAAACCAGGAAGCGGACUGAAGGUGUCGCCGCCAGCGUCCAUUAAGCCACCAUGAAUCCUUUGUGGAGAGUUUACAAGAGCAAAGUCUUGAAGACUUUCAACCCCGAGUACGUGGAGGAGACCGCUGACGAGGUCAGUGAGUUGGAAGAAGACACGAGUCGAGUCCAGGAGGAGCAGCAAGGCCACAACGCCAUCUCUCAGCUGGCCCGCAAAAUGCAGGGGGCGGGGGCCAAAAGCUGGAACAGACUGUCAGCGCUCUUCAACAAAGACGACCAACACCAACUCCUCCACGACACCCAAAGUCCUCCUGUCGCCGACCAUCCACUUGCAGUCAGGCCAGACGAGCCCCCUCCCCCCACCAGGCGCUCUGGAUUCUGGGACAGCUUUGCUGCCAACUGGGCGGCCAGGAAGCAGGCGGAGGCGGAUGCUGCUGCCGCUGCUGGGCAGAAGAUGCAAGAAGACGAGGCGCUACAAGAGGCUGUGGAAGCAUCAGCAUCAGCAUCAGCAUCAGCAUCAGCAUCAGCAUCAGCAUCAGCAUCAGCAUCAGCAUCAGUGGAGGAGGAGGAGGAGGAGGAGGGUGGUGGGGCGGAGACGGAGGAGAGGCACGACGGGGACUUGAACCAAAGCGAAGGAAACAACUCCUUCUCCAAGUACGUGUCUCUGGGAGGGGGCGAGGACGCCUCCUUCAAGUGGAACUUUGUCAGCAGCAAACUGGCAGAGCUGAGAAGUAAGAGCGCCGCCCACAGCAACUAGCACACGCACACCCCCCCUUCCGCAACGUCAUGGUCCUCACAUUCAAGCAAAACACUCAUGAACAUUCCAAGUUCAAACACGUGCAUUAUGAAAUAGAAGUCCUCUGUGGUGCAACCCUGGUCAUGUGACACCUCAGCUCAGCGAGCACCUGCACUGAUGGUCACAUCAAAGCGUCCGUCGUCAUGGCUCGUUAGCAUGAAUAUCUGCCACCUGCUGUCGUGGAAUGUCGGUCCUGUGAUGACAGGAACAUCCCACCCAUGCAUGCAUCAAGUCACUACCCACGUGUGUCCCGUCCCAUUACACUGAAUGCACCAGCACCAAAUGUACCCACUUAGCAUACUUAGCGCCAUACAAUUAUUAUGCUAAUAGCAGGGGUGUCCAAAGUGUGGCUCGGGGGCCACAUGUCUUUUUAUUGGCCCGCAGCACAUUCUAAAAAUAUAACGAGAAAACUAAAACACAAAAACAACAGCAAAAAUGGAAAAAUCAGCAGUAAUUUACAAUAAUAAAGUCAAAAUAUUAAGAGAAAAAAGUUGUCAUGUUAAGAGUAAAAUGUAAUAUUAUGAGGAAACAUCAUUUUAAUAGCAUAAAGUUUUUUUUUAAAGUUGUAUUAUUAUGAAAAA